AUGACGUCGAACUACAUUAUCCACAUCGGCAACAACAUUGUGAACAAGCGAUUAAAGAUCAGUGAGUACCUGAACAAAUACGAGAGGAGGAUAAUUGAAAAAAACGCAAGUGCCUUUUUCUACAUUCUAAUUAACCUUAUUUUUGACGUCCCAAUUGAAAGGUUCCGCUUGGUCAUAAACAGAAAAUAUAUUUUCCUGAAGAAAAAAAAAAAAAAAAUCGACGUGGUCUUUACCAUAACGAAGAAAUUACUCAUAAUGAACAAUAUCAGCAUAAAGGAAAGGUUCCUGCGUUUUGGGGAUGGCAGCGGGCUUGACGAGAGUGAUACAACGUGGUGUGUCACAUGGGCCGAUUACUUCCCCCCCUCUGAACACAGUUUGAAUCCAACCACGUGGGAAACCCCAGUGAUAAACGACGCAAAUUUCAACCUCCUUCCCACGUGGCGCUUCCGACCCAAGACGGUCCUCCUAGACAACGCAAUUAAAAAGAAUAACCAAAUAAUAAAUGAAAAAAAAGAUAUUUCUCACCACAGCAUCAUGUCAAAUAUUCUUACAAAUGCAAAUGAAGAAAGGUUAGUGGACUCGAAAAGAUUCUUACACACCUAUGAUGAGCAUCCCUUCUAUGGAAGUAGACCCUCAAACCACUUUUUAAACCUUGUUGGAAGUAUAACAAGUGAAUAUAAAAAAGAAGUAAAGAAAAAAUUAUCCUCAUACAACUCCUUUUACUUUAAAGAAAUUAAAAAUAAAAUGAAUCACUUUAAAUCCAUGUCAAGUGAAGAAUAUUAUUGCCCCAGAACAAACACCCACUGCGAUGAGAAUGGCAAAGUACACAUAUCUGCUAGCGAAAAUAAUUUCGCUGAAAAGAGAAGCAUCAUAUUGAUUAAAAAAAAUGAAAACAAAUCUGCAGUAAAUAUUUUUGACGAAUUUCUAGACAUUUAUGUUUUGUUUCGUUUGAAAGGAGGUAAAGGAGGGUUUGGAGCUAACCUAAGAAAUAAAAAAAGAAAAAAAAAAAAAAAAAAAAAAAUGUUCUUGAUGAUGCUUCAAGAAAUAUAA